AUGAGAACGCGGCGCUAUUGUGGCAUGACUGCCCAGCUGGGCACUUUUCUCUCAGGUGUUUUUACCAUCUUUACCACCAACAUGUUUGUGGUGUUUGAAGAGAGGCACAUGGGAGAUCCUAACUGUACCAACCAAGCUCAAGCUGGGGAAGAGAUUGACCUGAUGAGCAAGGCUAUUAUCUGUUGGAGUUUUAAGAUCACCUUAUGCUUGUCCAUAGUUACCAUCUUAAUCAGCUGUUUCCUCUUGUACUCUGUGCAUGCCCAGAUCUACCAGGGCAUGGUGAUCUAUGUCAUCUGGAUUAUCUUCUAUGAAGCAGUCAACUCCCUGCUACAGACCCUGACCAACACAUCUAGUCAAAAGAACACGAAUCCUGUGGAAGUGAAUUAUUUACGUUGGUUUGGCCUAUUCUCCCGUGUCUUCUUGCAUGGGUUUUGGAUUGUUUUUGUGAUCACUUAUGCUCACAUGGUGUACAAAAAACAGAUGGAAAGUAAAAUUACUUCCUACAACCAGCCUUUCUCUUCGUAUGUGGAAUUAAUACCAGAGCAGCAAACCACCUCAUAUAGCCCAAAGCUCAGUUACCCAUCUGGCAUCUAUUCGGAGUAA